GAUUACUUCCGUAGGAGGGAGAUUUCACAUGUGUACAAAACUAAGGGCUGAAGUGGAAAAGAAUACAUUUUCAUUUGAAAAGCCCCGACUGGACCGUAGACUGCAUAAUGACAUCAGGAAACACUCCGGAUGAUGAUGACACGUUCAAAAUCCUCAUAGCUACAGACAUCCACCUUGGCUACAUGGAGAAGGAUGUCAUUAGAGGCAACGACACUUUUGUGACAUUUGACGAAAUCCUGAAACAUGCAAAACAGCAUGAAGUGGAUUUUAUCCUGCUGGGGGGUGACCUUUUCCAUGAUAACAAGCCCUCCCGCAAGACCUUACACAACUGCAUAGCUCUGCUGAGGAAGUACUGUAUGGGUGACAGACCAAUCAGCUUCGAGAUACUCAGCGACCAGGCUGUCAAUUUCGGCAACAGCAAGUUCCCUUGGGUCAACUACCAAGAUGAGAACCUGAACAUAUCCAUCCCCGUGUUCAGUGUGCAUGGGAACCACGAUGACCCGACGGGGGCGGACGGCCUUUGCGCCCUGGACAUCCUGAGUUGUGCUGGGCUCGUCAACCAUUUCGGCCGCAGCCAGUCUGUGGAGAAGGUGGAAGUGAGUCCAAUGCUGCUGCAGAAGGGCACCUCUAAUAUCGCACUGUACGGCAUCGGUUCCAUACCAGAUGAGCGGCUCUACAGGAUGUUCGUCAACAACCAGGUGACUAUGCUCCGGCCACGCGAGGAUGAGAACUGCUGGUUCAACCUGUUCGUCAUCCAUCAGAACCGGAGCAAACACGGGGCCACCGGCUACAUCCCCGAGCAGUUCCUGGACGACUUCCUGGACCUGGUGGUGUGGGGCCACGAGCACGAGUGUCGCAUCACGCCUGAACGCAACGAGCAGCAGCUCUUCUAUGUCACGCAGCCUGGGAGCAGCGUGGUGACGUCACUGUCACCAGGGGAGGCUGUCAAGAAGCACAUCGGGCUCCUCCGAGUCAAAGGCUGCAAGAUGAACCUGCAGAAGAUUCCGUUGGAGUCUGUCAGGCAGUUCUUCAUCCACGAUGUCGUGCUGGGAGACCACCUGGACUUGUUUAACCCGGACAAUCCCAAAGUCAUGCAGAAGAUUGAGGCUUUCUGCCAUGAGAAGGUGGAGGAGAUGCUGGAGCAGGCUGAGCGAGAGCGUUUGGGGAACCCUCUGGUACCAGAAAAGCCAUUGAUCCGGCUCAGGGUUGACUACACAGGAGGGUUCGAGGCCUUCAAUACUACGCGCUUCAGCCAGAAGUUCGUGGACCGCCUGGCCAACCCCAAGGACGUGGUCCACUUCAUCCGGCGCCGGGAGCAGAAGGAGACCAAAGAUGAGGAGAGCAUGAACUUUGAUGAUCUGCUGAGCCGCUCGUCGGCGGAGGUGCUGCAGCUUCGGGUGGAGGACCUGGUGAAACAGUACUUCGAGACGGCGGAGAAGAACGUGCAGCUGUCGCUGCUGACGGAGCAGGGCAUGGGCAAGGCGGUGCAGGAGUUUGUAGACAAAGAGGAGCGGGACGCCAUCGAGGAGCUGAUCAACUACCAGCUGGAGAAGACGCAGCGGCACCUGAGGGAGCGCGGCGUGGAGGCGAUGGAGGAUAAGAUCGAUGAGGAGGUUCGCCGCUUCCGGGAGUCGAAGCGGAACACGGCAGAGGAGCAAAAGGACAUCCAAGAGGCCAUGAGCCGAGUGAAGGCUCACCGCUCCCAGGACCAGCCGGAUCCCUUCCUAGACGACGAUCCGGACAUCUCUGAACUGCUGGACUGUCCCAUGGAAUCUGACGACGAGCCCCCCACCCCCCAGUCCUCCCAUGGAAGAGGGAGGGGUCAGGGACGCAGGGGUAGAGGUCAGAGUUCGGCUCCAAGAGGGUCCUCCAGGCGAGGGAGGGGAGGUGUCACAGCAUCGGAGCCGAAGCCGUCGGGCCGAGGACGGGCUCAGAAGACGGCGCUCAGCAGCCCCAUGAAGAACAGGUCCAUUGUGGACGCCUUCCAGGUGGCUUCCCGGAAGUCGACGCGUGGAUCCGCCCAGACAAGCUACGCUGACGUGAUCAUCGACGACGACUCAGACGAGGACCUGUCGUUCGCGAGAUCCUCCAAGCUGCCUCAGAGGACCUCCUCCGCUCCCCGGCCUUCGCAGAGCCAGAGCCAGACGCGCAAAGGAGUCUGCUUCGACGAAGACGAAGAGGAUGAGGAGGAGUUUGACCCUUUUAAAAGCUCCAAGAAGAGACAGAGAUAACGCAGCCAAAGGACCUCUCCACUCAGCUCUCCGACUCCAUUGAUUUUUCUCUCCAUCUACACAUAUUUUUUUGAUCUUUUUUGACUUUGAUAUUUUGUAUAAUUGAACACUUCUCUUCUUCCAUUAAUUUCAACUUCUGUUGUUACCCCCCCCACACAGUUCCUCGUGUAGUUUUUUCCACUUAACACAAUUUAUUCAGCAGCAUGCAGCCGUUUGCUUAAGCUUCAGUUCACAGGAUUCCGUUGUAUUCUGCUCCCUUCCGGACUGGACUGUGUCACUUCUGCAGAUUAUCUGGAAAAUCCUGCCCUCUGAUUUGAAAGUGGAUCACCAUAACUAAUGAAGAUGUAGAUCCCAUUCA